CUUAAGGCAACACGUCACCAUGACAUCAUGAUAUGUGUCGUAUCUCGAUAACUCUGAACAAUCUCCAAUGGGUUUUAAGGGUUUUUCAUGAUUUCAGUGAUAAUUUACGAAGACUUCAGUGCCGUAAAUAUAAAAAACCUAUUGUGAGAGCUCCACUAAUUAUCUUCGUGGCCUUUGAAGUCCCACGAACAGCUUAGAGUGUUCAAGGAUAGAAACCUGUCAUGUUUUUAUCAUCAGAUCUUCCCGUUUGAUCGAGCUGACCAGCAUAAAAUUCUACAAAUUCUUUUUUGUUUUCUUCUCUUAUCCUUUCCACUACCUUCCAUCAUUUCACUGCCUUCAUCUGUGCCUCCCUCAGGAAUCUGAUGAUAAAGCGACACAAAAGGUGGGCAGUGAUGUGUCUGGCUUCAUCCACAGCUGCUGGUCGGCGCGAGACGCCAUCCGCGCCGGGGAGUUCGCCUCCGUGUGUGACAGGCUCUCCAUACUGUCCAUGAUGUCCUGGGACUUCAGCGCGACUGGCCGGUGUCACUUCUACAUGGCCAAGCAUCCCUCGCAGGACGUAAGGACUUUGUCAGUACUGUUCCCGACUGAGUCCAUUUACUUCGCCGCGGGUAACCGCUUAGUCAUGAUGCUGACGGAGGCUGGGCUGUGGGACGAGUGGCUGGGGUGGGAACUUGCCAACGCCACGGAUUGCCUGAAGCCGCCCUCAGCUGACCUGGGCGGGGAUGUGAAGCCCCUUGGCCUGUUUAACAUGCUAGGAGUAAUAAUAUUGCUGGCUGCCGGUUACCUCGUCUCCAUCCUGAUGUUCGCAGGGGAGAUGCUGCACCUCCGCCUCUCCUCACCUUAAGAGACAGCCAGUGGUCGCCCCAUCACUCCAACACUCGGCCAGUCACUCCACCUGAAAUCAUUCUCAGCCUCGUUCCUUCACCGCAACAAGUCAAAAAGGAAGCACAAAGGAACACAAAGAAAUUAUAUAAAAUAGCAGUUCAGUUGGUCUUCAUGAGGUUAUUUGUGAUGAGCUACACCGUCUAAUUCAAAUUACAUGUAGGUUAACAAAAGCGAAGGCUCCUCCCCGCCCACCAGGCCUCAUGUUGGGGUUUUGAUCUUUAAGUCUUUAUUUGUUAUCAGAGGCAGAUGUUUUACAGAUAUUUUAGAGUUAUGUUGUUUCAGAGUGAAGCAAGUAUUUGAUUGUUUUUUUUUUUUAUCUGGGUUUUGUAUUUCAUGUAAUAGCAGUACAUCUAUCAAGUAAUAUCUGAAACUGUAAUACGUAAUCUAUAGUUUAUGUUAUUUUUGCACUUCACAUGAUAGUAGUACAUCUGUUCAGUUAGUAUAUGAAAUUGUAAUCAUAUGCGCAUACAUAUUAAAGUUAUUACAAGAUUUUGUACUA